UUUUUAACAUUUGCGUCGCCGUGUAUCUGCCUGUAUUACAGUUGUCUAUGCUGUAGAUUAUUGCCUUGCUGGUUUUAAUCUUCUCUUCCUGGUUUCCUCCCCUUGGAUUCUUCACUUUGGCUCCUUUCGUGGUGCAAAAGGUGCAUCUUAAAGCCGUUUUGUUUUGCUUGAAGGGCUGGUAGAUAACUUGCAUUCGCUUGUUUUUCUUUACUUGUGGGAUAAGAAAAUUUCUCGUUAAUUCCCAGGAAGCUUGGAAAUAUCAGAGGCACCGAGCGGAGCAGAGUGUGGACAGGACCCUGACCUCCUGCCCCAGAGGUCGGGGUUGUCUGGGGCCAGGUGUGGGCUGGAGCCGUGCCGUGGAAGGCACAGACGGGGCCGCCGCGGGGAGGGCCUCAGGGGAUGCUGUCGCCCGUGGGGACAAAGCUCAGGCCAGACGGGGACACAGAGUGAGGGACAGAUGAACCAGAGCAGCUCUCGCCCAGCACAGCAGACGUCAGGUGGCCCAGACCCCAGAUCCGCAUUUGCACGCUGAAGCCAUGUGCCGAACACGGGUGCUGACAAACAGAGGGGGCCCUGAAGCAAGCUGAAUCCAGGCAGGCACAGGUCCGAAUGUGGGGGUCCCCCCGAACGUGGGGGGAUACCCGAGAGGUGAAACAGACAGCGGGCAGGCUCGGAGCAGACCGGGAGUAACUGAAAGCCUGCAAGGUACGUUCUGUCCUGUGCUCACGGGCGAAGGGAAGACGUGGCCCGGAAAAGGACCCCCAGGACACCCCCAUCUUACAGGCAAGGGGACUGGGACUGAAUGCGGCAAUGUCUUCCGGGGGCUAUGCUGGUCAACAGUGAGUCUCCGGAGUCUGAGUUUUCCCGUGACGUCGCACUGCCUCACACAGCAUUCUGAAGAAGUGUGGUGCUACCCUUAGCUUUUUGGUGAUUUUCAAGGUGUUUUAUGUUGGAGAGCGAUUGUAUUUUAUCUUUUAUUUUAUUUUAUCUUAUUUUUUAAGUUUAUUUAUUUAUUUUGGGAGAGACAGUGUUGAGCAAGUGGGGGAGGGGGCAGAGAGAGAGGGAGAGAGAGAAUCCCACCCAGAGCGGGGCUCGAUCGCAUGAACCGUGAGAUCAUGACGUGAGCCGAAAUCAAGAGUCAGAUGCUUAAGGGACUGAGCCACCCAGGCGCCCCUGGAGAGUGAUUUUGUGAGGAAGAGAAGUUCACUAGGGUCACUUCAAAACACAGAUCUUUCAGUGGAAAGACAUGAAUGGCCUUGCCCUGUCCCCUCCCAUUGUGUCUUGGGGUCCCGGCCGACGUCCUUGCUCUGGCCUCUCGCUGCCAUGGUGCAUGGUGGGUCAGCAGGCGGGGAAGAGCUGGGGCUUCUGGAGCCAGGGCCCAUGCCUCAGUUUCCCCACCAUGGCAGCUCUCCACGUCUUUGUGCGAUGUCUUCCCCCCACCCCGCUCCCCAGCUGUAUGGCUGCCUCGUCUGACUGCAUCGGCGCCCAAGCCGGUAUACACGUUCCCCCUCGUUUUGGCUUUCAGUUCCCUUUUAAGGAAGCUUAUUUUUCUGACAGCCUGCUCGUGAGUCACCCCUCGUCCAGUAGCCAGACAUCGUGUUCUUGUGUGCCCUUGGUUGGUUGGUUUCCGGUUCGUCAAUCAUGGGGAAAGAAGGCAAAAACAGCCUUAUGCCUUUUAGAGACCGGAUGUCAGAAUCAAAAGGAUUGUGACUUCCUCUUGCCUGUGCACAAAAUUGCUGCAAGCCUGGGUGUUUUGGAACCACAUAAUUGCAGGCUGCUCCAGUCCUGGAGGUCAGAAGUCCAAAAUGAGUCUGGGGCAGGGGGCAGGAAUUGAGGCUGGUUCUUUCCGGUGGCUUCUGGGAGAGCCCAUUCUUGGCCCCAUCGCCCCCUCUCUGCUUCCACGGCCACGUUUCCUUCCCCGCUACAGUCAAGAGCUGCCCCUGCGUCGCUCUCGCAAGGACAACUGUGAUUCCGUGUGGCCCGGAAAACCCGGGAGAAUCCCCCCAUCUCGAGACCCUUAACUCAAUCACAUCUGCAAAGUUUGUUUUGCUACUUAAGGUGACAUUUGCAGGUCCCAAAGAUUCGCUAUGGAUUUCUUGCGGGGCCGUUACUCAGCCUCCUGCAGCCCACUCUCUGGCCUCCAAAGAUUCCAGUCCAUCCUCUAUGUGUUCACCCCAUUCCAACCCAUUACACCAUCAACCCGAACCCAAAAUCUUUUCUCGACUGUCUAAGUUAGGUGUUGGUGAUAUUCUGCAUAUGAUCUAUCCUGGGGCAAAUCCCUUUCUACCUGUGGGGACCCGGAAAAUGAGUUAUCCGGUCCAACAAUACACUGGUGGGACAGGCACAGGAUAACAGUUACACACAUUUCCAUUUCAAAAGAGAAAACGAAUUAAAGAAAGGAGUCACUGUCCGGAGCCGUUUUAAAACUCCACCAGGAAAGCCAUUCGUUUUCAGGGCCUGGGAAUAAUCUGUAGCCCUCUGGGCCCAGGCCCUUGCCCUAAGGAUCAUCCUUCUGUGUUCCUGAAGGGUGGGACACGUUGAUGGCAACUCUCCCUACCAGCCUGGGUUCUGCUUGUAGAAGUUUGAGAGCCCAGCAGCCACCUUUCAUGCAAUCUCUUCUCUGUCCUUUUCGGCCCACGCUGGUAGCGUUUCUACUGGUAUAAUAGCCUCAAAGCCUGUGUGUAUUGCCCAUGUGUGUCACAGGGCUUCUCCCUACUCCACGGGACAGUCUUCCAAAGGUCUUUUCUGGAGGAUGUCAUUUCUGUUCCUGGCUUCUGCUGAGAUGGCCGGGGGAAUCCCAGAGCCACCCAGCUAAUCUGUACGGCACUGGCAGAAGGCGGUCCGGUCCCACCCCCGGCGCCUCCCGUCCAGCACACGCUUUCCUGACAGCGAAUGUCCUGAUGGUAGCAUCUUCUGCAAUCUGGAUGGGCGGAGGGCCCUUGAGGGCACGGGUGUCGUAAGCUCCCGGGGACGCCCAGCUCUCUGCACGCACGGGAGGGAGCAGCUGCAGUAACCCCAGGGCUGGCUGGUAAGAAACCGUAGAUGUGAGCUGCCGGGAGCAAGCCACGCGGAGGCUGGGAGCUGAGCUCGCUGCAUGAAGGGAACCCCAGAUCCAAGGGACACCAGCCGCAGCAGCAUCUAUCAUAGAAUGACACAGCAGAACCGUGCGAGGGCUCAUCAAGGCACGGCGCGGUGACGAGGCAUGCUCUUGGCAGACGUGUUCUCUUGCCUUUUAUCCAAAACACCGCUGCUUCAUUCUGCCUCCUUGUUCUGGAAGGUUCCUUAGAGAUUAGAGAGGUUUCAAUAUUGGAAGGCCUUGCUGACGAUGCGGAAUCUGCUUGGGAUUCUCUCGCUUUGGCUCUGUCCCUCCCCGCUUUCGCGCACUCUGUUUCUAAGUGAACAGAUGAAUACCGGGAGACAAGUCGUAACCACAAUAUCGCAUGGAUCCUAUCCCCUCCACGCCUCUCGUCCAUCUGGAAGAUGUCACCGUCUUAAUCAUCUCUGAACACGCACCCAUCCCUCCCUCUGACCAGCCUGCUAAUCCCCCUGACAGAGGAGGGAGGCCACCAAGUAGAGGCACGCAGGACGAUGUGAUUAGUGUGAGGUUAAGACACCGGAUGACUGCUCUGUCCUGAGCACACGCCGUGCAUGUAACCCGUCUGCCAUCUGGGGACCUGACCCUGACUCGGCUUUCCCAAUGGCUCUUUCCCGGUGGCUCUUUCCCAAUGGCUCUUCUAUUUACAGAAGCGGCUGGUGCUGGCACGUGAGCAGCUCCCAUCCGCGUAUCUGUGUGAGCUCCCCGAGUCCGCACGGCCCGCUGUUUCUCCCCACAACAAUAAGUGGCUGUUCCAGUCACCCCGUCCUCCUACUAUCAGUGUCUGUGGGACCACAGCCAGACACUGGUCCUCAUCUUCCGGACAUCUACCAACCCCCCACAGGGUAUGGGCCUGGCCCGGCCCCAGGCCACCCGUGCCCCCCCAGUCAGACUUGGACCGUUCCCCGGGGAACUCAUACGUGGCCACGGACCGAAUUGUGCCCCCCGCCCCCAAAUUCAUUUGUUGGAGUCCUGGCACCCAGUGCGAUGAGAGAGGGCUUUCAGGAAGUCAGAUGAGUUCGUAAAGGUCAGGGUCCUACUCUGAUAAGACAGUGGCCUUACACAGAGAAGAGAGAGCGGUCUCCUUCUCUGCGCACACACACUGAGGCAGGGCCGCCGUGACAAGGUGACCAUCUACAAACCAGGAAGAAACAAACCCGCCAGAUCCUCCCCCGGGACUUCCAGCCUCCAGAACUGGGAGAAGCUGGCAUUCUGUUGCUCGCGUCCCCCCCAGCAGACGAAGACACACACGGGCGCAGAGACGAAGAAACCCACCGGCUCAGAUGGCGAGGCCUGAGUGUUUCACCCCAGGCCCGGGCUGGGACACGAAUGUACACGCGAAUUGCAGAUCUGUGUACCCUUGUUGCUAGUUUUCCCUAAAGCCCCGACUGAGAUACUUACUUCCAGGUUCUAUAUUUGGACCGUGGCAUUUGGGCAGGACUCGCCUCCAUUUGGAGCCACUAGCCCGCCAUCCCAAGACCGCGCGCUGGGCUAAGUGUGCCGGGAAGCCCAGAGCCAUUUCCCUGGAGGCUCAUUCCCACCCAGAAUCUCUGACUCUGAAGCCGGUUCACCUCCCGCCUCCCCAAGAAGGUGGCAGAUGGACCCCUUGGCUGGUGCAGGCUCCGUGCUCAAGGACAACUCCGUGAUGCUGGGGACCCCUGAGCGGGCCUCCGGGGGGGCCGGCUCCUCAGCUCCCAUAGCACGGCUGAGCUCUGUGUUCCACUCUCUCCUGGGUGUCGUGUCCUCUCUCUGAAAUGGAGCCGGAGGGAACGCGCCUGCCCGGUAAUUAAGGUUAAUGAGCACACUCCAUCUGGAGGGCGGAAAGGCGAAUCUGUUUUUCUGAGUGCACAUCCUUGGCGUUCAUUCCAGCCAGAAGGAUCCAGAAAACACAGAUAAUCUGGGGCAUGCUGCAAGGUUCUAGAGCCCCUUGUCCCGGCCCCAGACAAGACAGAGGUGGUCCAAAGGCAGCCUCUCCGAAGUCUGACCUCUACAACCUAUGCAGGGUGUCUGAUGAGAACUUACGGCAGAUCCUGGGCCUGGGAUCGCAGAGUCUGUGUCUGAGGCCGGACCGAGUGCUGUUGUGAGCGUCCGGCACAUCCCUCCUUCCCUGAGAGCCCCCCAGAGCCCAUGGCACAGGCCUGGCCGGGCCAGAAAGGCGGGCUGGCUCCAAGUUCAGCUCUCACUGCUCUGAGACUCCGAGAGAACUCCUGCUCCCCAUAUUCCAGUCUCUUUGCGUGUGAGAUAGAUGUGUUUUCAGGGUACGGUUCAAGGAACUCUAGGAUUUCUGUGGAUGCGUGGAAAGGAAGAGGCACACCACCCUCAAGGUAGUGUUUCUGCAGGGUAGCUGGAUUGCUUCUGUGGAUUAGCGGUUGCAGGAGACGGGUGUACUUCUGGGGGGAAAAGACAAAGCAAAUAUGCUCAGGUAAUAGGGUACAGAUUCUGCAUGAUGGGAUGUAGGCACUAAUUACAACAUCGUUUGCACUUGUCUUAAACCUCCAGAACAAUUAAAGCAGGAGUGGGUCUUGGCCUAGCCGUGAGCAGGGCACCAACCUCCCGCCCCCGACACGUGCGUGCAUCCAUAUCGACCUUCAAAGGUUCUUUUUACUUCCCACGAACUAUGUCAUAUUUGAAGGACUGGUCCUCCACUCUUUCACUUGGCAAAAUUUCUUGGCCCUCGUUUGUGUGUGUGUGUGUGUGUGCACGUGCUCCUUUUCAACGGCCUCGGAGUAUCUGGCGACACAGAUUCAGACCGUGACGGCGGUGACCACUGCAAUACUGACGUUCGCUUUGUUGUCCCUUUUUUACCGUCCCCACAAUGCUGCAACAAUGACCAUCUUUCGAAAUCCUGGCGCAAAGGAGCAGGAGAACUCUGACCAGGCACAGGCGUCCUCCCCGCCAGGCCGGGGCUCCCGCGGAAUCACGAGUGGCCGUCAGCUAACCACCAGCGCCGUCAGGUUUCCCUGCCCUCGCAGAGAUUCAAACAUCAGUGGCUGGAUAAUUCUGAGCAGUUCACCUCACACGCUACUCACCUGUCUCAAGGCCCUGAAGACGAAAUCUAGAAUUCAAGGCAUGCCAACAAGAAACAGCCCAGGGAAACUCCAGCCUCUCGAUCUAGAACCCUGGAGCACCAGACCGCAGAAGUGUUGUCAAAGCAGACGUGGUCACUAGCCUGGUUAACGAGACGUGGACCCCAGCUGGGUGAGCUCAGCUCCAUAUUGGAUUAGCUCACCUGCCUAAAGUCUAGCUGCUUCCCAGAGAAAGCGGUAAGCCUCCUGUACCCGAGGGUAAUGCCAUCUGGAGCCACGACAAUUGUUCUAUCAGUGCUUGGCAUCCCAGUGAAAUUUCCAUCAUAGAUGUAUCAAGACAUCAACAGAGGCGCCUGGGUGGUUCAGUCUUAAGGUUAAGCAGCCGACUCCUGAUUUCGGCUCAGGUUGUAAUCUCACACUUUCUGAGUUCGAGCCCCGCAUGGGGCUCUGUGCUCACAGCACAGAGCCUGCUUCGGAUCCUUUGUCUUUCCGCCCCUCCCACGUUCUCUCUCUCUCAAAACUGAAUAAAUGUUAAAAACAAUUAAAAAGAGAAAAAGAAACUGAACCAAAAGAAAGAAAAAACUGUACAAGCAAACCCACGGAUGACCCAGACAUUAGAGUUAUCAGAUGUGGUCUUUAAAAAAUAGUGAUGAGUUGUGUUCAAGAUAGUAGCUAACAAGGUGGAAAAUCCCACUGGAGAGCUGGAACAUUUUUCUAAAGGUUCACAUGGAAAUUAUACAACUGAAAAGUAUGGCUUAAAUGAACAUUUGAAUAGAUAGAUCUAGCAGCUAAUUGGAUAUAGCAGGAGAGAUUAGCAGACCGGAAGCUGGUUCAGUAGAAAGCGUUCAGACAACAGCAUAAAAAGAAAAACAAACACAGAAAUAAAGUGUAACAGACAAAGUGACAUAACGAAAAGGCCUAUGUGUACUUGGAGAGCCGGAAAGGGGAAAGAGAGAACAGGACAGAUGAGUGUUUGAAGAGGGGAAUACAGAGAAAAGCAUGCCCAGAUCAUCCACAGGGAACCAAAGACAGAGGAAAGAUCUUUAAGGCAGUCAGAGACACAGGCACAUUACCUUCAAAGAAGCCAACAGUUAGGACCGAAGGGAGUAUUGUCCCCACGAGCCCUUCCUUCCUGAGAGUCGCACUGGAGAACAUCUGUGCUGAUGGGCAACCCCAGCCGCAGGCCCAGGUGAGCACUAAAUGUGUCGAACCGGAAAACGCAGAUUAAAAAACAGUAUGGAAGGGUGAGAUAACAGAACCGGCUACAACGUAAAGAACAGGGAAAGAGGGUGGAAAUUGGGAUGAGCUCCCCAAUUCCUUCACCUGUAAUGACUGGGAAUGAAAGGACAUCGAACGUUGACAGUUCAGUUACAGAAACGUAAGCACAGCCAAGAACAGAGAAACAACCAAGGGCUAAUACUAGUCGCGAAAAUCGGGCGGAGGAAGACAACGGAGACACAGGAGUAGGACUCAGGGAUAAAGGAAAAGUCACAAAUAGGAAAUAAAAAUCAGACGAACAAAUAAAAUAUUAAUCUCAACUCUGUGCUUCCACGGUCAAGAGAGAGACCAAAAAUCCGAGAGAAAAACGGGUAAGAGGUAACAACAGACUAGAAUAGCAGCGAUCCGGCGAUUCGGCUCUGGAUCUACGCACCUCAAGGCAUCGAAGCGGGGCCCCCAGGAGACACCCGCGCGCACAGAUUCGCGGCAGCAUCGUCCGCAACGGUCAAGGGCUGGAAGCAGCCCACCUACCCAUCCGUGGAGGAACGGAGCGGAAUAUUACCCGGCUUAGCAAGGAAGGAAGGCCCGACGGCUGCCACAGCACAGAUGAGCCUGGUGGACACGAUGCCGACUGAAGUGAGCCACCAGAAAGGGACAGAGGCUGCAGCAUCCACUCCCGUGAGGUCCCGAGAGGAGCCAAGUGCACGGAGACAGAAAGGAGGUGGUGGGUGCCGGGGGCCGGCUGUUUAAUGGCGACCGAGUUUCAGUUUUGCAGGAUGAAGACUUCAGGAGGCGGACGGACGGUGGGGCUGGUGGGUGGCCCAACGCUGCCAGUGUCCUUAGUGCCCCUGAAAUGCACACCGUGGAAAAUCUUACGUGACGUACACUUUACGAGAAAUUGUAAAACGCUGUAAUUUUUAUUUUAUUUAUUAAUAAAUGCUUCACGCCCAGCACGGAGCCCAAUGUGGGCUUGAACUCAUGACCCCGGGAUCGAGACCUGAGCUGAGAUUGAGAGUCACAGGCUUAACCGACGGAGCCGCCCAGGCGCCCCUGAAACGCUAUAGCUUUUGAAAGAAAGAAGGAGAUUGAAAAAGCAGCACUAGAAUAAAGCGUUCGGCCCCGGCACCGUGCCCGGUGAAGAGCCACCGGGUCAGCCCUUCCUGCCAGACCAGGUGGUGCCGGGGCCGCGUGUCCCAGGAGGUGACGGGCUCUCGUCCUCUUCUGUUGCAGCUGCCGCCUGCACAGGUGCCUCCUCCUGAGUGAAAGGCCACCGCUGUCACUGGCUCCCCGCGGUCACGUCCGGCCACCCACCCCCCGCCCUCCCAGAGCAGCCUGACCCAGAGUGCGGGCCACCCGGCAGCCCUUCUGACGUGGUGACCGCUCCGACCGGCAGGCGUGGAAAAUGGUACCCGUCGACCCUGGGCUGGAGGAGGAGCCCGCAGCCGCAGCCCCGACAUGGAGGAGCCCACGCCCGAGCCCGUCUUCGUGGACGUGGACAAAGGGCUGACCCUGGCCUGCUUCGUCUUCCUCUGCCUCUUCCUCGUGGUCAUGAUCAUUCGCUGCGCCAAGGUCAUCAUGGACCCGUACAGCGCUAUCCCCACGUCCACCUGGGAGGAGCAGCACCUGGAUGACUGAGGCGCGGCCGGGGGACCCCGAGUCCCCCGGCCGCCCCGUGUCCCCCGGCCGCCCGAGUCCCCCGGCCACUCCCGAGUCCCCCGGCUGCCCUGUGUCCCCUGGCCACCCCAUGUCCCCCCACUGUCCGCCUGCAAACCCAUGGAGCUGGGAUGUAGGCGGUUCGCUGCUCCCUCUGGAGCCCCAGAGGGAAGUGAGUGGGGUGCCAAGGGGGUCUCGAGGGUGGCCCAGCCUGGACAUGCCAACGGCACGGGCCCCGGAGGCCCGCGGAGGCCGUCCCUCGCGGGGACUCACUGUGGGAUGACAGGGUGGCCCCCGUCCCUGGCUCUUGCGCACCUUCUGGGAGGGGAUCCAGGGCAGACACGCACCAUCACGCAACAGAGCCCUCGCUGUGGGGACACCGUCUGCCCUUAACAUGCAAAGCAGCACUCGCGCCAGCCCCCUGACCCCGAGUCCGGCCCGGAGGCCGGUGGGUGUGCAGGUGGAGGCCGGUGUUCUCACAAGGCACAGGGCUGCUUCCGGGCAGUAUUUUUUUUUUUUUUUUUUUUUUUUAACUAAAACGCAGAGGGGUCUAUUUUUCCUGUCAUAAAAGAAAUGGGCAUCUUGGGAGCUUGGGAAAAUACAGAAAAAUAGAAGGAAAGGGGAAAAUAACACCUAUAAUCCCACCUCCCCAAAGCCACCAUUUUGGUAUAUUUCUCCCAGGCUCUUUUUACACGUCUUUUUAAAUAGCCCAAUUCACACGUACGCACGACGUUGUGCCGCCUCCUCCCGUCCCAUCAGCCUCCCCUCGGCCGUCACCCACAUCUGUGACCAUGGAGCCCGCAAUGCUGGUCCCGAAUCCCGGCCCCCUUCCUUCCUCGCUACAGGACCCCAAACAGCUCGGUCAGCCUCUCUGAGCCCCAAUUCCCUCACCUGUGACACGAGGGAGUGACGUCUACCUCACAAGGUUGUCGUGAGGACGGAAUGAAGGAGCACUCCUUGACUCCCCCACCCCGGGGAGAAGCCAGGGGCCUGAGCCGGGAGCGCGUGGGCUCUGGGGCCCCCUCCCCGCAGAGCCUGGGACCCUGGAAGCUCCUCAACCUCCCGGGGCCGCUUCCAAAGCCAAAUAUCCCGGCCAGGACCCCUGGUCAAAGGGACACUCACAGCAACCUCUUCCAGCACCUGACCUCAAGGGAUAUGCUGUCUACUGAUUUACACAACUGUCAUUGUCAUAUGUUUAAGCACACACGGUAUGCAGUUAGGCUGGACUGCCUGAAGCCCCUUCCUCCGAGGCAUCUAUGCCGUCCCUGCAAGGGGUGGCCGGCCACCCCCGAGGGACAGACCUGCACCUGUGGGGAAACCCAAUGCUCCCUUCCCCUCACCGGCAUCUCCGCUCCGGGCCCCCCUGCAACCCAGGCCACCUGGGCAACAGGUUUCCAAAGCACCGUCACCACCAGGUGACCCCGAAAAUGAACAAGACCACGGCUGUUCAGGCACGUACUGGGGCCUGUCCGGCUGUCCUCCCCCCACACAUGCGCGCACACGCCAGGUGGGACGCACAAAGGGACAGCUGGGAGAGGCAGCGAGCCCAGAUGCGCUGGAGGCUCUGAGAGAAGGAUCUAGAGCAAGGACCUUGUGCACUGCCCCAGGCCCAGCAGCAGCCUUCACUGUGCGGCCUGCCUCAGAGACACGCACUUCUGUGAAAAGCGCAUCAGCAGGGAUUUGCAGCGUGAAUGAGCGCCGUCUCCCCGUCAGUUAAUAGCAAGCCCCAGGAGCAAGGAAAGUUCUGGAAGGCCUUGGCUGGAGGUACUUCAGAAUCCUCAAGAGUGACGAUCAGGCGCCCUAGGGCCGUGCCACCCGAACUGUGGUGAGAGACAGAGUGCAUCUCCAGAGGUGAGGAGCAUGCUGGGAAUCCAGAACCCGGGCCCCACCCCGGACCUGCGGGGCCAGCGUCCCUGGGGGGUGGCGCCCAGGAACCUGUGGGCGAGACCCGCUGAGUGCCGGCCGGGCACACGGGAGUUAGAGAAGCACAGCCCCCGGGAUCCCUGGCCCCACGUCCCUCUUUUCCACACUUAACAUCUGUGGGUGUUUCCCACCGUCUCUCUGGACUGGUUUGUUGUUGUUGUCGUUGUUUGGUUUUGGUGGCAAGAGGGAAGAAUAUUUCAGAAAAGAUGAAAAAUAAAAAACUCACGCCCCAUCCAAGCCUCCCAUCAAACAGCGAUUUUCAUUGUGUGUCCAUACGCCCCCUUCUGACCCUUGCCCGAAUGCCAAGAUAUACUCCUUAGAAAUGUCAUCAGUUACAUACUCUAAAACCCUACUCUCUCCUAACAUUACCUCUGGAGCCCGCUGCCACGGCCUUCCCCGUUACCCUCUCGGUGGCCGUGGAUGAACCGUCUGGUGCAUUGUCCACAUUCCCCUUAGGAAGCACUUGGAUCGCUUUCAUUUUCCCCGUUCUGCACGUGCCAGGAGACGCAGGUGACGAAGGCCGAGAGCUCGCUCAGGACAGCGGGGAAUAAACAUUCAAACUACACCCCCUCCACCUAAGAAAGCCGUCGGCCAGGGACGCCUGUCUAAGCCUUUGGCCCCGUUAAGGGGAACUCCAGGCAUCUGCUGCUACUCCCUGAUGCUAAGGGAGGAGGCGGCGGGUCUUCUGCGAUCAGAUCCUCUGAGCCAGUUCCUGGCUAGUUGAGGUGAGCUCUGGGGUUGUGGAUGGAGAGAGAAACCGCCCCGCAAAAGAAAUGAGCAGCGUUUUUGAAGACUGGAAGCUGGCAGAGAGGGAAUGGAAGCAGAAAGAGAGAGAGGCCUGUGGGGUUGGCCACAGCUCGAGGCUUAAGGGAAACUGGGACCAGACAGAAACUCCCCACCGCACAGAAGGGGAGAGGGGCUCUGCUACAAUCCCUCCCCGUUACGCCAAACCCUCGGUAAAGUCUGACACACAACCCCUCUCGCGUGGUGUCUGGGGCCAUCGGCAUGGUGGGCGGUGCGACAGAGUGCAGGUGGGGUAACAAAAAUGGGCAGAAGCGGGACACCAGGACGGCAGUCAGCGGGGGAAACACGGCCCCUGAGGACGCACAGACGGGCCGACCUGAGCAACGGGCCACGAGCUUCACCAGCUCGCAGCAUCAUAUUCCACCGUCUCUGUUCGGUCUUUUCCAACUAGUCACUCGCGUCUCCGUGGUUUUAUUGAAUCGAAAGACGCGGGUCUCCCUCGCCCAAACAUCAUCCCAGACCUCCAGGUCAACCCAACCUUAAAGGGGCCCGUCCUGCUUCCAACACCAGCCGGAGAGGACUGCCAAGCCGGUGUGGUUUCCUGCACCGCGGUCUCGCCGCUGAGGACCGGUCCUGUGGACUGGUCCUGUGAUGGGUGACAACCUGCGGGGCCCCCUGGCCCAUGGCCCGGCCUGCGGACGGGUGCCCCAGCUGAGCUCCCUGGGCACACACAGGUCAUCUGCAUCCAGGGGGACCCACGGCCUCAGCUCUGCCGGCCUUCCCCCUGCGUGUCACUCCUGGACGGUCACCAGCUAA